UUUAGUCGCUAGGUGGUGCGCCAUACGUUAUGCAAACAAGUUGCGUCGCUUUGUUUAUGUUUUGGACUUGCCAGUUUGCGCGCCGAAUCCGAAACGAUGUCCUCGCAGCAGGUUCGGCGGCUGGGUCCUCAUGUUUCAGAGAGGCAGCGCGAGAUACUGGUGUCAUUUGUUGAAGAGCACCCCUACCUUGCGAAGGCGUCGUGUGUGCUGGGUCAACAGCUGACGGCGGCGCGCAAGGAGGAGCUCUGGCAGCAAGUGACCGCCUUGCUGAACACUGAGGGCCCGGCAGUGAAAACUGCAGCCCAAUGGCGCGGCGUGUGGAAAAAGGACGUCUACAAGGCCCGCCGUGAUGCGGCCGCCUUGCACGCCGAAAGCAGAGGAACCGGAGGAGGCAGCCUGCCCGGACAGCGAGGGCGCAUCCUUUCCUUAGUUGGAAGGGCGAGCGCCAUCGGAGUCUGCGCGCCGUUCUUCGAGCCCGACGAAGAGGGGGAAAGCGCUGGUGACGCGGCAAGUGCUGAGUCCCAUGUGUCUGUCGGCACAGCGCCUGGGACAAGCGGCAUAAGAGCGAGACCACUCCAGCCCGCGACAGCAGAGAGGCGUCGGGAGGAUGCAGGUGGCCCUAGUAGUCAGACACAGCCACGGCAGACAGGGCGGGGCCGAAGGCCAGAGCCGGGAGCGGACGACCUGCUGUCCUCUGUCGUUGCGAAAUAUGCUGAGUCUGUUGCACUCUCGCAACAGCACAACAACCAAAUACAGGACCUGCUCCGGUCGGCGGAGCAGCUGAGAACGGCAGUGGAAAGUCAAGGCGCGGCGACAUUGCGCCAAGCAGUAGCCACCGAGCGUCUUGCUUCUGCUGCUGAGCAACAAGUGCAGCAGAACACUCAGCUGCUGCAGGAGCUGCGGAGCCUGACACGGAUGGCGCCAGCACUGCUGCUGUGCAUUCAGCAGGCCAUGGGGAUGCCACCACAAGCCCCACCAGGUGGACCACCCUCUUAA